UGUAGACUAACAGAAUUCCAAAAACUUUGUUCAUCCACCAUAACAUACACAAACACAUUAAAAUGUGCCUAAAUUCUCUAUUUUUUGUGUUCAUUGUUCAUUUCAUUUUGAGUGUCAAGGGGGAUUUGCCAGCUCCUUACUACCCAAUUGACGACAUUGCGGUUAACUGUGGAUCGAUUGGGAACACGUCUGCACUCGAUGGACGUGAAUGGACAGGUGAUGUCGGUACCAAGUUCAGCCUUUCGAGAAAACAAGCCGGUGGCUCGAUAAGCUCGAGAGCAGUCCAUACAUCUCUUUCGGGUGAUCCAGUUCCAUACUUAACGGCUCGAGCCUCCCGUUCCCCAUUCUACUACACGUUUAAACUCCAUCCCGGUCCUAAAUUCAUCCGGUUACACUUCAAUCCCGCUUCUUACAUUGGGUUUGAAACAUCUACCGAUUUCUUCACGGUGCAAGCUGGACCGUACAAGCUCCUACACAACUUCAGUGCUUCGAUUACUGCUCGUGCACAAGGUGUAAUCUCAUUCUCUAAAGAAUUUUGUGUCAGUGUUGAAGAGAAUCGAGAGCUGACCAUAACGAUAUCUCCAUCUAAUAAAAACGCAUACGCGUUUGUGAAUGGGAUUGAAAUCAUUUCAAUGCCUUCCGGUCUCUAUUACACACCCGAAGGUGAACCCGGAGCCAAUGUGGUUCACCCUCAAAGGUACAAGUUUUAUAUUGACAACAACACCGCACUCGAGACAGUUCACCGUUUAAACAUCGGUGGAAGUUCCGUUUCACCGAUUGAGGACACGGGGAUGUUCCGACGAUGGUCGAAAGACUCGGAUUACCUGCUGGAAAGAAACAAGAAACUCCAGGUGUACCAUGCUACAAGUAUGAUUAAGUACACCAAGAUACCAACAAUCACCGCACCUCUUAAGGUUUACCAAACAUCAUGGUCAACAAAAUCAUCUUACAUCAAGAAAACAACAACUUUUACAUGGAAAUUGCCUGUGGAUUUAGGAUUUAGGUACAUGGUUCGGCUCCAUUUUUGUCAACACGAACCGGAAAAGAAGACUAACAACGGUCAAAAGGAAUUUGGGAUCCUGGUUAACAAUCAGAUAGCUGAGACAAACGUUGAUGUUACCAAUUGGGGUGGCGGGUUCGGGGUUGCUGUUUACAAAGAUUAUGUGACAACGAUGAGAGGCGAUAAAAGAAACGGUAAGUCUGAUCUUGUGAUCGUUAUAUUCUCAAUAAGCCGGUUGGUUGAAGGAACGUUGAGCGGGUUAGAGGUUUUUAAACUAAGUAACCCCGACGACAGUCUUGCAGGUUCAAACCCGAAAUUUGAACUGCAUUCAUCAUCAAACUGGAUGCCAAAGUUGCCGGCUUUUGGCACCCUAAACGCAGUUGCAACAAAACUUAUCUUUUUAAUCACCACAUUGAACAUCAUAGUGUAUGUUCAAAGAUGGUUUUGGGAGGAAAAGCUCGGGAAGAAGAGCAUACGAUCACCAUCGCUAUCAUCGUCGUCAUCAGAUGAUUCUUGUCGUUGUUUUUCGCUUGCGGAGAUCAAUGCAGCAACCUGCAAUUUCGACAAGUCAUUAGUGAUAGGGAUGGGUGGUUUUGCGACAGUCUAUAAAGGUGUGAUUGAUGAUGGUGCAAAAACCGUUGCUAUAAAGCGAAUGAGUUCAAGAUCACAAGAAGGUGCUCUCGAGUUUUGGAUGGAGAUUCAAAUGAUUUGGAGGCUUCGCCAUAACCAUCUCGUUUCUCUCAUUGGCUAUUGUGAUGAUGGAACUGAGAUGAUCCUUGUUUACGAGUAUAUGCCUCAUGGGACGCUCGCUGAGCAUCUUUUUAAGCUCGGGUUAGACGAUAAUAGCAGCUUCACACCACUCUCAUGGGAACAACGACUCAAGAUUUGCAUCGGUGCAGCCCGUGGACUGGACUAUUUACAUACGGGUACUCAUCAUGGGGUCAUUCACCGGGAUGUGAAGACAUCCAACAUUUUACUAGACGAGUAUUUUGUCGGUAAAAUUUCGGAUUUUGGACUGGCGAAAAUUGAAAACACGACCCAAAUGUUGGCGAAAUCGUAUGUUAGCACGAACAUCAAAGGCACCGUCGGAUACCUGGAUCCGGACUACUUUCUGUCACGUAAACUAUCAAGAAAAUCUGACGUUUACGCAUUUGGUGUCGUGUUGUUUGAAGUUUUAUGUGGAAGACCAGCGGUGGAUCCGGGGCUUGAGGAAGAUCAACGCAGCCUUGCUAUAUGGGCCCGGCAGAGCAUUCGAGAGGGGAAACUUGAUCAGAUUAUUGAUCCAUGUAUAAGAGGUGAAAUCUCACCUCAUUGCUUGAAAGUAUUCAUCAACUUAGCGGAAAAAUGCUUGGAGAAUCAACCGAAAAAAAGACCGAGCAUGGCUAACAUAAUCUCAGGCCUUGAAUUCGCACUUGAGCAGCAAGAAACCGCAGGUUGGUCCAUACCUGAAGAGCCAGUAUAUAGCGGUACCCUUUCGUUUUCUAACUCACCGCGAUCAGAACAACAAUCAGCAUCAAGUGCGAGUAAAAAGAGCCUGAAGCUCAAAAAACUCAGGAGUUGGAGAUGGGAUUUGCUUUGGAACGGAGUGAAAGCAGCAAAAAUGGAUUCGUUUAUCUCCGUAAGUAGCUCAAAGAUGUACGAAGAUGGUUGUCGUCGGUUCCUUCUCUCGGAAAUUCACUCAGCCACAAACGAUUUCGACGAAAGCCUAAUAGUGGGCACCGGUGACUUCAGUAUUGUGUACAAAGCUUACAUCGACUACGGAAGCAGAGUGGUCGCCAUGAAACGAUUCAAGAAGUUCAUGAUCGAAAACUGGUCGAAAAAAACAGACUUCAUGUCCAACUUUUGUAAAGAGAUUGAAACAUUAUCUCAACUCAGGAAUCCCAACUUAGUCCCAUUAAUAGGAUACUGCUACCAUAAAUCCGAGGUUAUCCUCGUUUACGAGUACAUGGCUAACCGCAGCCUACGCAGUCACCUCUACGAAACCCAAAACCGCGAGCCGCUCACUUGGAAACAAAGACUGAAUAUAUGCAUUGAUGCAGCACAGGGUCUAGACUUUCUACAAACAGGUGGUGUGCAUACUAUCCUUCACAACAAUGUGAACCCGGGUAACAUUCUUAUAGACGACAAAUGGGCUGGAAAGGUUUCGGAUUACGGUCUAACGAAGGCGGGUCCACUGUACGCUGUUGCAGCCAAUCUAACUGGCAUUCUGGGCAGCUGCAUAGGAUAUAUGGAUCCUGAAUGUAUGUUUGCCAAUGGGGGGACCAAACCCACAGAAAAAUCUGAUGUUUACUCGUUGGGUUUGGUGUUGUUGGAAGUGUUGUGUGGUCGGAAGCUUGAAGAUCAAACGGUUGAGAGAGAUCAAGUGUUUUUGAAAAACUGGGUGAAGAGUAACAUUGUGAAAGGGGCGGUUUAUAAGACGAUUGAUAUAAGUUUGAAGGGGAAGAUAGCGGCUGAAAGUCUGAAAGAGUUUGUUAAGAUUGUUGAAGGUUGUUUGGCUGACAAGAGUGUUGAUCGACCGUUGAUGAGUGAAGUUGUUAGCAGUUUGAAGGUUGUAGCACAAUUGCAAGAAGCUAAUGGUUUGUUAAUUAAGUGACGAUUAUCCUAAUUGGGUUGGGAUUUAUUUUUUUAUAAAAUGGGUUAAUUGGUUGGUUUAUUA